UAUUGUUAAUUACAUUUCUUUCCCUUUAUUGUUUUGCGCCAAUUUAGAAGUCAGAACUGAGAAGUAUAGAGUUCAGACAUCCUAGUAUCCUACUAUUCAAACAACCGAUAUAUCGGCUCGCUUAGCUUAGAAUUGACACGAUCCUUUUCUCUUCCUCUUCAAAUUCCAAAGAAGAAGUGUAAAAAACCGAUCUAACUUGUCGUCUAAUUGUUUCAAUUUCGUUCUUUCGUUUCGCAUUAGAUCUGUUCAUCACUCGUAUUCCACGAAGUUACAUGCACCCCCACCUAUACAAAAUACACAUAUAGGCGGGAGUGAAGGGAAGCAUUGUUCAACUUCUUCAAAAGAAAUCAGGACAGAGAAUUUGAUUAAUUUUGUGCUGUAUAAGCGUUGUUUAUUCUUUCCUUUCGUGUCUAGGGUUUAGUGUAGUUUUUACUUGUAUGGCCGCUGCGGAAGCCUUGUGCGUGGUUCCUGCUGCGGUUCUCCGUAACCUCUCCGAUAAGCUCUACGAGAAGCGAAAGAAUGCUGCUCUUGAGUUGGAGGGAAUUGUGAAGCAGUUGACUCUGGGCGGUGAUCAUGACAGGAUUACUGCCGUGAUCAACUUGUUGAGCGAGGAGUAUGCGUUCUCUCCCCAAGCUAAUCACAGAAAAGGAGGAUUAAUAGGGUUAGCUGCGGCAACCGUGGGGUUAACUUCUGAGGCAGCACAGCAUCUUGAGCAAAUUGUGCCACCUGUCCUGAGCUCCUUCUCGGAUCAAGAUAGUAGAGUUCGCUAUUAUGCCUGUGAAGCUCUGUAUAACAUUGCAAAGGUAGUAAGAGGGGAUUUCAUUGUAUUCUUCAACCAGAUAUUUGAUGCUCUGUGCAAGCUUUCAGCAGACUCAGAUUCAAAUGUACAAAGUGCUGCUCAUCUUUUAGAUAGGCUUGUGAAGGACAUUGUCACUGAGAGUGAUCAAUUCAGCAUUGAAGAAUUUAUUCCAUUGUUGAGGGAGCGUAUGAAUGUCCUCAAUCCUUAUGUGCGCCAAUUUUUGGUUGGGUGGAUCACAGUUUUAGACAGUGUUCCAGAUAUUGAUAUGCUUGGCUUUCUCCCCGAUUUUCUUGAUGGUUUAUUUAAUAUGUUAAGUGAUUCCAGCCAUGAAAUACGACAACAGGCUGAUUCUGCACUUACAGAGUUCCUCCAGGAGAUUAAGAACUCCCCAGUAUCUGUAGAUUAUGGUCGAAUGGUCGAGAUAUUGGUACAGAGGGCAGGUUCACUAGAUGACUUUACUCGGCUGACUGCUAUUACAUGGUUAAAUGAGUUAGUAAAACUUGGUGGUGAUCAACUGGUUCCUUAUUAUGCUGCUAUUUUGGGAGCAAUUUUGCCUUGUAUCGCUGAUAAAGAAGAAAAAAUAAGAGUUGUUGCUCGUGAGACAAAUGAUGAGCUUAGGUCGAUGAAAGCUUAUCCUGCUGAGGGAUUCAGUGUUGAAGCAGUCCUAAAUAUUUGUAGGAGUCAGGUGUCGAGUGAAUUUGAGGCAACCCGGAUUGAAGCACUGCACUGGAUGUUUACCUUGCUUAGUAGGCAUCGUAUGGCGGUCUUGGUUUUCCUGAAUGAUGUUUUUGACACUCUCCGUGAGGUUCUUUCAGACCCCUCUGAUGAGGUAGUGCUUUUGGGACUUGAGGUGCAUGCUUGCAUAGCUAAGGAAACACAUCACUUCCGUCAACUUAUAGUAUUCUUGAUUCACAAUUUCCAUCUUGAUCAUUCUCUUUUGGAAAAGCGUGGUGCAUUGAUAGUUAGGAGGCUUUGUGUGCUUCUGGAUGCAGAGAGAGUUUAUAGGGAAUUUUCUACCAUACUUGAAGGAGAGUCAGAUUUGCAGUUUGUGGCAGUGAUGGUUCAGGCCUUGAACUUGAUUUUGUUAACUUCAUCCGAGUUGUCUAGUCUCCGUGCUCUUUUGAAACAAUCACUAGUCAAUUCUGCUGGAAAGGACUUGUUUCUUUCUUUAUAUGCUUCCUGGUGCCAUUCUCCUAUGGCUGUAAUAAGCCUCUGCUUCCUAGCACAAGCAUACCAACAUGCAAGUUCUGUUGUUCAAUCUCUGGUUGAGGAGGAUGUCAAUGUGAAGUUCUUAGUCCAACUAGACAAAUUAAUCCACCUCCUGGAGACUCCAAUGUUUGCAUAUUUGAGGCUGCAGCUUCUUGAACCCGGAAGAUACAUCUGGCUAUUAAAAUCCUUGAAUGGCUUGCUUAUGCUGCUGCCUCAGCAAAGUACUGCCUUUAAGGUUUUACGGACCAGGUUGAAAACUGUUCCCAAGUACUUCUUUAGUGAGGAAUACUCAAGGGUAACAGCUUCUGGCGAUCCUUAUUACCAAACAAGUUAUUUGAGGGGUGGGUCACACAUUUCAGAUGGAGUUGACGCAUUUGAAAAUUCACAUAAUGGGAUAAACUUCUCAUCAAGGCUACAACAGUUUGAACAGAUCCAGCAAAUGCAUCGUGCGCUUUUUAAGGCACAACCUCAUUUAGCUUACAACUCCACAUCUUCAUGGAAGGAGGUACAUAGACCAGAAGACUCCAAACAACCUAACCAGGCACAAGGCAUGAAUGGAGGACUAACUUCAACAUCAUCCCGUAAACCCCCUGGACAGUUGCAACGCUGAUUAACCCAUUCCCACUUUUACAUUAUGCCCAAUUUAUCAGUAAUUUAGUUCUCUUUUGGGGAAGUCCACUUGUACUAUAGUGUAAAUGGUAAAUAUUGGUCCCUAGUAGUUCUUCUUUUCAAACAUAGGAUGUACCUAAUGUAGUGAUGGUCAUCCCUCCCAAUAUAUUUAUGAACAAUGCUCAGAUGGUAAUGUUUUUUAAAAUGGAAAACCAUAUGGGCAUUAUUAGGUAGAUGUUAGUAUACCUACGAGUGUAAUUUUUUCUUUCCAAUUUUACUGUCUUGGUUGCGAGUCCCAUGGAGUA